AUGGACCUUGGACUCUUGGAUAUCGACACUUGUAUUGCUUUGGAGCAGCUAGCCAAUGUGAUGGCCACUGCUUACUCUAACGCCGUUCAUCUUAAAAUAGACAUGGUUAGAUACAAUGACACCCUGGACAAAGAUGAAUCCGGUCGAAGUGAGAAACGAGAAGAGGUUCUUUUCAACAAAUUCCCCCCUGAAGAGGAGCAUUUCUUGACAACACCAUCUGUUAUCAUUGAUUCCGGCGGUAGAAUCAUUGUCUGGUAUUUGCCUGGAGCACUGACCGCUAUGAUGAUGAAACACGGCUUCCUGAAUCUUGACCCGGAAGAUGGCUUCUUGCCAGAGGUAUCAGCGGCACUGAAAGGUGCUGCUGGUCACAACAUUACAGCAUCCCUUCAAAGGUCUGGUAUCAUUGUCUCUGCUGCACUUCAAGUCAUGCACCCUGAUCUUUAUUGGGCGGGAAUGGAAACUCAAGUCAGGCUUGGUAAAUGGGCUGCAAGAUAUGAAUUGGACGAGAUGCACCAUCAUCUUCAACGCUGGACAUCUGUUUUUAAUGUGGUAUCAAUCAUAUGCAAUUGCCGGACACCCCCUCAUAGAGAUCCUAAAUGUCAACCAGCAGCAUUUGAUAUAAUGAUGACUCCUGGUGUUUAUCGCCUGGUCGUCAUGGAUUUCAUGAACCUUGGAAUCAAGUUUCUAUACGAUUCUGGCUCGAUAUUGGCUUCAUCAUGUCGACUGGUGAGACAUUACAUGAAUGUGGAAGAGGGUAACAGGAUUGUCACUGCGUGGUACAUGCAAGACAGCAUCCACAAUUUUGUUGGGACUCCAAGCACGGAGUAUGCAAAAUAUGACCGUGUAAAUAUUUAG